CCUUUUCCUCCCAGUUCCGGGAAAUAUCUGCAAUUAGAAAACUUAAAAAACUAACGAAGUAAACCCCAAAUCCAUGGUGCUCUGGCAAUCCCGUAUCCUCUCUCAGGAGUCUUGAUCCCUAGAAUUCACUCUCUACACACACAGCGAGCCCGCCAAAUUUAGCUGUUCCUUCCUCUCCAGCCUAUUUCAGCUGGUUUGCUCGGUGGCGGCUCUACAUUGAAGCUUCAGCGCUUGCCUCUCUGCUAACGGGCCUUUGCGCGUUCGUGGAAACUAACUUCCGGCGGAGGUACAUCAACUAAGACUUAACUGAAUCUACGGUUAGUUGCUGAACUUGCGAAGCUACUAAUUCGGUGGAAGAAUUGCUUACUUUCUAGGUUUUCCGAUUGCGAAUUCAUUCAGGUUAUGUAGCGGAAGCUUUGAUUAGUGGUGAAUCUUUGGUAUUUAUGAAUGCCACGCAGUUUUGAAUACACUAUUCUUUCAGCUUGGAAAGAAUUCGCUGGCUUUCUAUUUUUUUUUUGUGCCAGCGUCCCCUCAGCGGGACAGUGUUAGGAAGAGCAGCAGUAUUAUCGAAGAAUUAGUGUGAAUUAGAGGAUUGGAAAUCGGGGAAGUGAAUUUGAAUCAGUUUUUCCAUUGGGGUUUCUCUUUAAGGAAGUAAGAAGAAGGAUAAAGAAGCGAAGGUUGGAACUUUGCAGGGUAGGGUGUUGUUUUCACUUUUAGCAAUGGCCUCUUACAGGCCAUUCCCCCAGUCUGCUUUUCCUCAACCACCACCUCCUCCACCUCCGAAUCAAGCGCCACCACCUCUGCCACCGCCACCCCCGCAGCAAACACCACACAGGCCAAACCAGUACAGUCAAAACUAUGCCCCUCACAUGCCUCCUCCUCCUACAUUCCCCCAGAACUAUUCACAACAGCAGAAUUUUCCAUAUCCUCAUCCGAGAGCUCAGCCGCCACCUUCCCACCAGCAAUACCCGUAUCAGCCUCCACCUCCAAUGCCAGCAGCACCGCCACCUCCGCUUCCUGACUCUUCAUAUCCUCCUCCACCUCCACCGCCUGUGCCGAGUCAACCACAACAGCAACAGCCAUCAUCUAUGUAUUACCAACCUUCUAAAUUUUCGCAGUAUAAUCAACCGCCGAUGCAGCCCAUCCCUCCUCCUCCCCCUUCUUCUUCUCCGAGUUCCUCAAUGCCGCCGCCACCACCACCACCCAGCUCACCUCCUCCUCCGCCUCCUCCAAAGGAAAGUGGGAUGGAAAGAGAGAAAGGGGGCUCUAGGGACAGGAGAGAGCACAGGAACUUGGACCAUGGGAAAUCAAAUCAGCAGAAACUUCCAAUUCCUCCGCUCUCCAAGAAGACCAAUGGGGCAGUAGGAAGGGUAGAGACAGAGGAGGAGAGAAGAUUGAGGAAGAAAAGAGAAUUCGAGAAGCAAAGGCACGAGGAGAAACAUAGGCAGCAUUUAAAAGAGUCACAGAACUCGAAUUUGCACAAGAGUCAGAUUGCAUCUUCGCAGAAGGGACAUGGUUCUAUUAUAGGGCAACGGGUUGGGGAUAGGAGAGCCACUCCGUUGUUGGCUGCAGAGAGAAAUGAGAACAGGUUGAAAAAGCCAACGACAUUCUUGUGCAAGCUGAAAUUUCGUAAUGAACUUCCAGAUCCAAGUGCGCAACCAAAAUUUAUGAGAAUGAAGAAAGAUGAUGAUCGGUUUACUAAGUACAUGAUAACAUCUUUGGAGAAGAUGUAUAAGCCAAAACUAUAUGUCGAGCCAGAUCUUGGGAUUCCUCUUGACCUCCUUGAUCUCAGUGUUUAUAAUCCCCCUAGUGUGCGACCACCUCUGGACUUGGAAGAUGAGGAAUUGUUGCAGGAUGAUGAAGCACAUACCCCUGUGAAAAAAGAUGGGAUAAGAAGAAAAGAAAGGCCGACUGAUAAAGGUGUUUCAUGGCUAGUCAAAACACAGUAUAUAUCUGGUUAUAGUAUGGACUUGAACAAGCAGUCUAAUACUGAUAAACAAGCAAAGGACCGAGAAAAGAAAGGAGCCCACCUCUUGGACAACAUUAAUGAUAGGGAGAGACAGAUCAAGGACAUUGAAGCAUCGUUUGAGGCAAGCAAGUUACCUCCUGUCCAUGCAACCAAUAAAAACUUGCACCCUGUGGAGGUUUUGCCAUUGGUACCUGAUUUUGAUCGGUAUGAAGGUAAAUAUACCAUGGUUACGUUUGACGGUGCUCCUACAGCAGACUCUGAACAAUAUGGCAAGUUGGACCAGUCUCUCCGCGAUGACUGUGAAUCACGGGCUGUUAUGAAGGCCUGUGUGAUCUCAGGCCCUGAUCCGGCAAACCCAGAGAAGUUCUUGGGGUACAUGGUUCCUAAUCCUAGUGAGUUGUCAAAGGAUAUGUUUGAUGAAGACGAGGAUAUUUCAUAUUCCUGGAUUCGAGAGUACAAUUGGGAUGUGCGUGGUGAUGACGGCGAACCAACAACGUUUGUUGUUUCAUUUGACGAAUCUGAAGCUCGAUAUCUGCCUCUUCCGUCGAAGAUCACAUUGAAAAGGAAAAGGGCCAUAGAGGGAAGAUCCAACGACGAGGUUGAACAUUUCCCUGCCCCUGGAAGAGUGACUGCCAGGUGGCGCCGCGAAGCAGCUUCGAUCGAGCUUAGGGAACCAGGGGGUAGUAGCAUAAAAUCAAGAGUUAACAGCUCCAAGUCGAGGUUGAUGUCAAGGUCAGAAGAUGAAGAAGUAGAAGAAGACGAAGAUGAUGACCUCGAAGAAAGAGUACAUCAUAGGAUGUCCCCGAACCAAUAUAGUGCUGAGGAAGAUGAAUUUUCUGACGAAUAAACAUGGCGUGUUCUGGUUAAUACAUAAUUUUCGAUACCAGAAAAGAAUGGGUAGAGAAGAAGGAUCGUCGGGAGCUGUAAAAUAGGAAGUAAGGAUGCGCUGGUAAAACCUGGCCUCAUUGAUUACAAAUUUUGCAUGUUUACGUAUGUAAUGGUUACCGAUUGUUUUUACCUAUCAAGCUUUUGUAUCAGUGGAAAAAAAAAAUUCAUUACUGUGGGCAAAUUUUCAUAGGAGGUUAACAAUUAAUGUAUCAGACAGAUUUGGCACUUACGAUCCCCCAGAUUAGAUGACUCAGAUUUUGUAUGGCUCCAUCUGUUCUAGAAUCAACGGAGUUUCGCACAAGACCGAACCAAGAAUAAAUAACAAAUUAAUUUGUUGAUAG